GGCGGAGCGCGGCGGCUCCCGGGAGAGGGGCCUUUUGUCUGGAGCGGCGGCGGUGGGGCCCGGAGCGGCGAGGGCCGGCGUCUCUCCCCCAUCGCGCCCUCCGACCCCACCGCGUCGGCCGUGCCUCAGGAGCUGCAGUGGGUCCUGGUCCAGAGACAGACCCUACCCCCCUUCCCGGGUCACCCGCCCACUCGGCCGGGCAUCGCCUCAGGCGGCUGGCAGCCCCGCCCCGCUCCGAGCCCGCCCCCUGCCGCGCUGUUGGGAGGACCCGGCCCGCGCUUACGCGCCGCCGCCGCCUCGGGACCGGGGAGCCCUCGGGCCGCGCCGCCGCCGCCCCCCGGUGCAGGCCCCGCCGCCGCCGCCGCUGCUGCUGCCCCUAGCUCCCCCGGCGGGCAGCAUGAAGAUCAAAGAUGCCAAAAAGCCCUCUUUCCCAUGGUUUGGCAUGGACAUAGGAGGCACUCUUGUAAAACUUGCAUAUUUUGAACCCAUUGAUAUCACAGCAGAGGAAGAGCAAGAAGAAGUUGAAAGUUUAAAAAGUAUCCGGAAAUAUCUGACUUCUAAUGUAGCCUAUGGGUUGACCGGAGUUAGGGAUGUUCAUCUUGAACUGAAGGAUUUGACACUCUUUGGCCGAAGAGGAAACUUGCACUUUAUCAGAUUUCCAACCCAUGACCUGCCUACUUUUAUCCAAAUGGGGAGAGAUAAAAACUUCUCAACAUUACACACGGUGCUAUGUGCUACUGGAGGUGGUGCUUACAAAUUUGAAAAAGAUUUUCGCACGAUUGGAAACCUCCAGCUGCACAAACUGGAUGAACUUGACUGCCUUGUAAAGGGCUUGCUAUAUAUAGAUUCUGUCAGUUUUAAUGGGCAGGCAGAAUGCUAUUAUUUUGGCAAUGCCUCAGAACCUGAAAGAUGCCAAAAGAUGCCUUUUAACUUAGACGACCCAUAUCCACUACUGGUUGUGAACAUUGGUUCUGGAGUCAGUAUUUUAGCUGUCCAUUCCAAAGACAACUAUAAGCGAGUUACUGGAACAAGCCUGGGAGGUGGCACAUUUCUGGGCUUAUGCAGCUUACUGACGGGCUGUGAAAGUUUUGAAGAAGCUCUUGAAAUGGCUUCCAAAGGUGACAGCACCCAUGCUGAUAAAUUGGUCCGUGAUAUUUAUGGAGGAGAUUAUGAAAGAUUUGGCUUGCCAGGGUGGGCUGUAGCAUCUAGUUUUGGGAACAUGAUCUAUAAGGAAAAGAGAGAAUCUGUUAGUAAAGAAGAUCUAGCAAGAGCUACUUUAAUUACUAUCACCAAUAACAUUGGUUCUAUAGCAAGGAUGUGUGCUGAUAAUGAGAAAAUAAAUAGAGUUGUCUUUGUUGGAAACUUUCUACGUGUCAAUACCCUGUCAAUGAAACUUUUGGCAUAUGCAUUGGAUUAUUGGUCCAAAGGCCAGCUAAAGGCAUUGUUUCUAGAACAUGAGGGAUACUUUGGAGCAGUUGGUGCUCUCCUGGGGCUGCCAAAUUUCAGCUAAAACAUGGAACGUUGCUGUGUCAAUAAUGCCAUCCAAGUGGAACUGAAAAUCAGAAGGAUUAUUAUUGCAUUAUAUAAAUUGAUGGGAACCAAAGGACAAUGGGGGGAAAACAGCGAUGUUGCUGUUUGUUUUUAAUUGUCAAAAUGGUAAGCUGCUGAAUGUUGCCAUAUUCAAGUGAGAUCUUUGUCACAUGAAGCAUUUCCAGUUGAAAUGCUUUAAAGCUUUUGGUCUUACUCUUCUCUGUAUAUAGCCAGUAUUGAAUCCUCUUGAUGCAACACAACCUCUGAGCUUCUCACAAAUAUUUUCAUUUAUUUUUAAGUAGUCAGCAUUGCAGUACUGUCUGCUCAUACAGAAAUCUUGGAGUACCCAGAUAUUUAUUUAGUUUAUGAAAAGAAUUCCUUCUGAAUGUAUGUUACAAGGGUUUCUUUUGCCUAUCUUUUGAUUACUUUUCAAACCCUGUAUUGAAAAUUCACUGUUGACAACCAAAGUGUCACUGAGAGAUUCCAUUCUCAUGUGAUGAUAGAAAAUUUCAGGCGUUGAGAACUAUUAGAGCUUUUCUAAUGCAUUGUUUUAAAAGUAUGUUUCUAUGGUUUUUGAGAGAUCCCCAGUAGAAUUCAAAGUAUUUUCAAAUACCAUACUAUAAUUAAAGUAUAUGGCUAUUUGUGAAACUGCAGGUACGUAGCAGCUUAAGCUCUGACAAUAUAUUUUAUAAAACUACUCUAGUUUCAGUUAGCUGGUACAGUAGAGCACUAUGGAGUCAAAUCAUUGUGCUUAAUACAAAAGGCAUAACAUCAAAUUUUAAUUUGAUAAUUUGGUGACCUGUUUAAUAAGGACAGUAGAUAAAUAUAAUGGUAUAAGAUCAAAGUGCAUUACUCAGUCUGGUUGUAUUCCCUCUGCUAUAUUCCUUUCAGACUAGAGCUUAGUUCCUCAUUUUUAUAAGGUCUGAACCAACAAAGCAGACACACUUUGUAUUCUGUUAUAUGGGGAAAAAAACAGACCCCACUUUAACCCUUCAGGGUAUUUUGUUAAACUGGAAGAUGAGUUAUUUUGAAGCUUCAUGGGAUUCAGAGGCAGUAUUGCAGAAUCAUAAAAGGAUCAGUGUUUUGUACAUUCUGGCAAUAAAAGCAUUAUAAGUCCAAUGUUUGUAAAACUUGUUGGCCUUGGAAUUUACCCUCUAUUUUGGAGUCAUUGUUUUUGGUAAAUUUGUGGAGUUUUUCAGAUUUUGACCUUAAAAGUAACAUUAUCAAAGUAGUUCAGUGCUAUAGCACACAUGUUCAUGAGACUUUUAGAAUUCGGAUGGUUCACAAUAUUAACCACUUCCUGAUACACCAUGAUGGUACUCAUUACAUGAAGAGAAGUAUUAUGUGUUUGUAUAAACCACAGCAUAACUCGGUAUGUACUCAAUAGAAGACUUUCUAUUUAUUAUGUUUUUCAGUAGGCUAUGAUGUGCUAUAUAUAAAUGUUUCUCCAUCAUGUAUCCUUUAGAUAUCACGCACAACAAACAUUUACCAGACCCUGUUGAUCUUAAGAUAUUCCUUCUAUAAAGGCAUGAAGUUCUGAACCACGGAAUUUUGAGGGAAGUUGGGAAUAGUGGGAAUGUCAUUUAAAAGAAAAGGAUCCACUUAAUUUUAAACUGAACAAACUUCAGAUCUUGGCUGUUUUAAAACCCAAAAUGAUAACAUCCCACUUCAUUUCUCCUAUUCUAGCUAUUUCAUAUUUCAGCCAUAUUUUCAUGAUUUCAUUAUUUUGAAGACUUUCAAUUUAGGCCUAAUUUAAUUUAAACUAGUCAAAAUUGCUACAGUUUUUAUAUUGGUAUCUAUCAGGGGGCAGGUGUCUAAAGGAAAAAAGUGACAGGUGUUGAUUUUUCUCUCAAAUUUCAAGUUAAUGGUUUCAUUUAAAAAUAGUGUGGAUGUUGUCCUAAUAUGUGUUGGAACUGUGGUACAUCCUGAAUUUUGGUCUUUUCUUAAUGGUGAAUUCAUCUACAACCAAAGAAGGAUGUAGUGACCAUGAAAUCUGGUUACUAUCACUCUGCUUCUGCAUUAUUUAUCCUAUUUCUCCAGGAGCAUAAGGAAAAUGCAAUUGCUACAGUAAAAGCUAUUAAGAUUAUACUUCUUGAUAAUCUUUAAAUUCCAUCUAAGCAUUGUGAAUGAGCUUAGCUUCUCAGCUCAGCCACUGCAGUCCUCAAAGCUGCAUGCUUAAGAAAUAACUUAAAAUGAAGAUGAAGGUUCCUAAAUAGGGGCUUUCCAAAGGAAGACCCACUUAAGAGGGAAGAAUAUAUGCAAACCUAUUUCUCAGUAAAUGUCGGGAAACCCCCUUUUUUUGGCCUGUGCUACUUCUGAAUGUUCCCAAUAAAUAUCCUACAUCACUCUUAAUAUCCAUUUCCCUGUUACUUGAUAGAAUUACUGAAGUAAUUCAUGUGAAAGUGUUUUAAAUGGAAAAAUACCUAUCAGGGCACAUUUUUCUCAAUUUUAAAAAAUAAUAAUUCCUUCACUAGGUUGAUUUGGCAAUUUCAGUGCCUUAAAUUCUUUCACCUUUAUGGUAUUGUCAGAAGCCGACUUCAGGCACCAAAGGAGUAAUUUCCUAUCAGUCCUUAUUGGUUUAUUUGUUGUCUCUAUUACCUUGUCCAACUUUUGUCUUCUACUUAAUAACUUAAUUUUUACUCCUAAGAAAAUAACUGCGAUAUACUCUGAAAUUGAAGGAGCAUAGCAACCUCAGAAUUACUCAAAAGAUGGGUUAUGGGGAAGAGGGGGGUAGCCUUUUGAUCUGAACAAAAGGAGCAAGGUUUCUUUUCAGCACUAACCAAUUUACUUGUGGCAAAGACCUGCUGACCUACUGAUUUAGAGAGUACUAAAGGCUUGUUUACUUUUAGCUUAGGCAAUAAAAACUUCACUGCCCUUAAUCAAUACAACAUCUAAAAAUCCUUGAACAGACAAAUUACUUGCCAAAUAUCAGAAUCUAUAAAGAUUUCAUUAACUUUUUGCCUUCACUAAUGCAAGUUUGAUAGCUUGUGUUGGGAGUACCAAUAGUUGGAAUGCUUAUUCCAUCUCUUUAAGCAAUAUAAUGGACCAAGAAAUUGACCAGAUUUUCAUUUUUUAUCCAUUGCAUUUUUGGAUUAAAAGAAUGGUCCCCUGCUGUGUGUCCCCAUUUUUGUGUGUUUGCAUUCUUGGCUCAAAGAUAGCUAGCAGUAGUUCUGAAAUGCCUAUUAUAACCACUGAGCUCCUCUUGGGAGAAAAUUUUUGGUUUUUAGCUACAAAGAAUUGACUACACACUUUUUUUUUUCUUUUGAGCACUUUAUGCAUUUUAGAUAUUGCACUUGUGAAUGUAUUUUGGUAAUAAAACCUUUCUCCACUAAAAGCCAUGUAUAAAGACUAGUGAACAGAAAAACGAGUGUUCCUUUUGGUUGUAAUUGAGCUUUUACUCACCAUUAGGUUCAUGAAGGAAAAUGGUAGAAAGCCUUUGCCUUUUCUGUAUUACUAAACGUUUUGGGGUGUUGGUUUUUGUUUUUUUUUUUGACCAUUUCACAAAAUGGCCUGCCCAACAAAGUGUCAAUGAAACAAAUGUUCCUAUUUACACAUAAGUCUAUUUAAAAACCUCUUUUCAAUACUGAAGAAGUUGUCACCUGGGUUUUUUAAGUAGCUAUAUUCUUUAAGUCCCUAUCAUCAAAAUGAACUUUAGGGAAUGUGUCUUUAUGUAGUUUAUUUUUCAUUUGAGGAAAUGGUUUACUGUGAUAGUUUAUAUUGAACCUAGUAUAUUUUCAGUAGAGACUAAAAAGUUACUGAGUUUUUCUUUUUGCUUUAAAAUAUUUAGUCUAUUUGAAUAGUGGUGGUUUCAACAUAGCAAACCUUCAUAUUUCUGCUACACUUUAAUUGAAUAAUUUUAACUUAUUAAAAAAAGAAAUUUUUAAAUAUGGAAGUAAACUUAAUUUGUAAUGUCUUAUUGUUUACAUUCAGUGAAGCUCUGUUGUGGUGUUUUGUAAAUAGUACCAUUACUAUCCUACUUCACCUCAACAGGCCUCAGUUUUCCUCAUGAAAAAUGAGGAGGAGGUUAGACUAGGUGGUCUCUAAAGUUUCUUCCAGCUCUUAAUUCUAUAUUUAUUUGAAAAUGCAUCAACAAAAUCCUGAAGAGGAAGUGUUAUAUUUUAAAAGAAAUAAUUUGUUCUUUUUUCCUCCACAUUUUAAACAAAAUUUACAUAUAUGCAAUGGAUUUGUGGCGCUAAUUCCAAAUUCAUGUAAUUAAUAUAAUUCUAUUUGCCAAAGUUAAUAGGUACUAAAAUUUUGUUUUUUAUCAAACUGAUAACUUUAUCAUAACUAAAAUUAUCAAAUUUUAAAGCUAUUUAAUGUUUUUACUAAAGCAACAUAGUCUUAUUUAAGUUGGUUUGUAUUUGGUUAAUUUAGCAGCUGUACUGAAGUAUGCUUGAAAAUUUGUUUCCAGUAACAUAUUACCAAUUUUAGUUUAUUUUUAAAAAUUUGAACUAUUAAGAGGCAGGCUUAGUGGAAAAAAAAAAACAUGUUUUGGCUAUAUCUGACUAGAAUUUUAAAUAGCUGAACCUUGGGGGAAAAAUCAAUUAACUUCAGAUUUUUAACAAACUGAAAAUCAUUUGAACAUUAUUCUGAAAUGCCAUAUUUGUAUUGUACAAAAGGAAAAGUUUCAACUUAAAUUCUUGAGUACAGAUCAUUAUAAAUACAAACAUGAUCCUCCAGUGAUUGCUAGAGACCUAUUUCUGAUUUUUUUUUUUUUAGCAGUUUCCAUCUUCAUUGUAGCAGAAGGCAGAUUGUUGGGGGACUCAGGUACUUGUACAUCUCAUAUCAAACACUUGAUCCAUAGGAAAGUUUACAAAGGACAAAUGGAUAAUUCACAAACAUAUUAUAUCAUAAAUUGCAUAUCUUUAGCUUUAAAAUUUCCACUUUUUUAUCUUCAGUUGUUUGAGAAUAAUAUAAUUGAAAAAUAGCAGAUGUUCCCUUUCUGUUCAUAAUAGGAUUAAACAAAUGUAGCAGUGAGAUCACUAGUAACUUCAGAAAUCACAGGCAGUGCCGAAUGAUAUGGUAGAAACAGAAUGAUCUGUGUUGAACAAAAGCUAAAAAAGAAUUUAUAGCUAAUCUAUUCCUUUGAUAAUUGUAAUUUUCUUUUUGUUCUGUCUUCCAUUCGUCUGAACUUUAAUUCUUAGGUUUGGUUAGUUUUGGUUUUUUGGGGCUUUUUUUUUUUAAACAAAGAAAUACUUUUCAGUUUGCUUAUAAACAUAAAGAAGUCUGCAAUUUUUGGUUUGUGCUAUAUGCAGCUAGAAAGCAAUUAUUGAAUAUUGGCUAUGAUACGGAUUUUUAUAUCUUUCAUAUUCUGCCUUGCUUGAAGUCCUGGUGCAUCUUUUGAAAGUGAUUAUCACUAGCAUCCUCAAUAGUUUCAACCUAGGCUUCUACUAAUUGUUUUGUCUUACAGAAGUUUGUGGAAAUAAAAAGUGAUGCAUAUGCUGCAAUCAUUUAAUAUUUUUCACUUUAGAAUUCCACCUGGAAUGACAUAAAUAUUAAUCUGAAGUCUCACCUUAGGAAAAUUGUAGCCUUCUGUUUUUUGAGAGGUUCCGUGUAUUUCUAAUUAAUGUUUAGAAAGUGAAAAAUCAUUCCAAAGAUCAGAAAUGUAUGUGCUAUUAUCUUCCUUCUUCCAGUAUUUUGAUGGAAUUAAUAUUUUAGGGACAUGUGCAUAAUUUCAUCAACUGUAUAUAUUCUGUGCUUGGAUGUGUAAAUUAAGCUAUAGAUGAAAACAUUAAAACCUUCUUAAGCUCAAAUAACUUGUUGCCCUUUUACUGACCAAGAGUUUUGGCAUCCUUUAGAGAGAAUAGCUAGUUUUAUAAAACAUAAAAUUUUUUAUUUGGAGAUUCACUUUAUCCAUAAAAGCCAUUUCAGUUUUAAAUUGCCUUAUUCUAUUGCAUUGUACUUAUGUCUGAAUUUUGUUUACUGUUCUGACACUGAAUCUGUGAUGUAAAAUAUAUAUGAUGGACUAUAAAUUUUAUUCCUAAUAAACUUACUAAGUUAUACAGCAAUGUAAACUAUAAACCAUUUCUUGUAAAUUUCCUAAUUUAUUAUCUUUCAUUUUGUGUGUUUUUCAUCAGUAUGUACAGUUUCUUUAAUUCUCAUUGUGACCUCUACUGUAAACAUUCCCAUUCUAUUCUGGAUUUUCCUUAAUGCUUGUUUGCAUGAAUAAUGCUUGGGUUUCAUUUACUUAUUGGUAUUAUAUUGCCAUUAAGCAACCCUCAUUACACCCUACAUACUUUUUAAAUACUUGAUUUUCCUGGUUUUGCUGCUGCUCUGUAUGAACAUUAGAAACCGUGCUUUUUAUCUUCUUUCCUAAUAAAAUUCUUUCCAUAGUUAA